CUGGCACUACGCUUCCUAUCUUUUCGAAGCGGGGCCUUCCUCUCUCAUCGAUCCACUAUCCCUAAAUCUGAACCCCUCACCCCGAUCCCCCUUCCUAUUAAAAUUGCCAGUUCCGCGUAGAUUCUACGACUCCUUCUCGCUUCCUUAGACCUUCAACUAACUUCUUCUGGUUGGUUUGUUAGGACUAUAUUGCUCGUUCCCUUGCAAUGGCUGCCACGGCAACGGCCUCUUCAGUGGGUCCAAGAUAUGCACCGCAUGAUCCGACACUUCCUAAACCAUGGCGGGGACUUGUUGAUGGUAAGACCGGCUAUCUCUACUUUUGGAAUCCCGAGACUAAUGUCACCCAAUACGAGAGGCCUGCAAACUCAGCUGCCCUGCCAAGGUCUUCAGUGCCUAGUUCUUCAGUCCAGGUCCAACAAUCAUCACAAGGACCACGUCGGGACCGCAGUCCUGAUUUAAAUGAUAGGUAUGGUAGAAGCAUAGUUGGUGGGCCAAAUGCUGAAGCUGGAUAUCGGAACCAUCAGAAUCCAAAAGGUGGGUGUCUUGGUUCUCAUAAUGUUCCAAAUGGAAUGCACAUGACGGGAAAUGUGAGCUCUUCUAUCAGAAGUCAUGGAUUAUCAGAUGCAGAAGUUGGAUUAACUCCAGAGUCUUAUCGACGUCGCCAUGAAAUAACUGUUUCUGGAGAUAAUGUCCCUCCACCUUUCACAUCCUUUGGCUCUACUGGUUUUCCGUCAGAGAUUCUUAGAGAGGUACACAAUGCUGGGUUCUCUGCCCCAACACCAAUUCAAGCACAGUCAUGGCCCAUUGCUCUUCAAAGUAGAGAUAUAGUUGCCAUUGCCAAAACAGGUUCAGGGAAAACUCUGGGAUAUUUAAUUCCAGGAUUUAUACAUCUCAAACGUGUUGGAAAUGACUCCAAGCUGGGCCCCACUGUAUUGGUACUGUCACCAACAAGGGAGCUGGCAACACAGAUACAAGAUGAAGCUGUGAAGUUUGCAAAAUCAUCCAGAAUUUCUUGUGCAUGUUUGUAUGGGGGAGCACCAAAGGGUCCUCAAUUGAGAGACAUUGAUCGAGGAGCAGAUAUUGUGGUUGCUACUCCUGGCCGCUUGAAUGAUAUUCUUGAGAUGAGGAGAAUUAGUCUUCAUCAGGUGUCUUACCUUGUACUGGAUGAGGCUGACCGUAUGCUGGAUAUGGGUUUUGAGCCUCAAAUCAGGAAGAUUGUGAAGGAAGUGCCUGCACGGCGGCAAACCCUCAUGUUUACUGCAACAUGGCCCAAGGAGGUUAGGAAAAUUGCAGCUGAUCUGUUGGUCAAUCCUGUUCAGGUUAACAUUGGCAACGUUGAUGAACUUGUUGCUAAUAAAUCCAUUACGCAGCAUAUAGAAGUAUUGGCACCUUUGGAGAAACACAGACGAUUGGAACAAAUAUUGCGGUCACAGGAUCCAGGGUCAAAAAUAAUUGUUUUUUGUUCUACCAAGAAGAUGUGUGAUCAACUAGCUCGCAAUCUUACACGCCAGUUUGGGGCUGCAGCCAUUCAUGGGGAUAAAUCCCAGGCUGAGAGGGAUCAUGUGUUGAACCAAUUUCGAACUGGGAGAUCUCCUGUGCUCGUAGCUACUGAUGUUGCUGCUCGAGGAUUGGACAUCAAAGAUAUUAGGGUCGUUGUCAAUUAUGACUUCCCUACUGGUGUGGAGGACUAUGUUCAUAGGAUUGGGAGGACCGGGAGGGCAGGAGCAACUGGCUUGGCAUACACAUUUUUUGGAGACCAGGAUGCCAAACAUGCUUUGGAUCUGAUCAAGAUCUUGGAAGGUGCUAAUCAGCGAGUUCCAUCUGAACUCCGUGAUUUGGCAUCACGUGGUGGUGGGAUGAACAGAUCCAGGCGAUGGGGUUCUGGUGGUCGUGGGGGACGCAGUGAUUCUGGAUAUGGAGGAAGGGGCAGUGAUUCUGGAUAUGGAGGAAGGGGCAGUGAUUCUGGAUAUGGAGGAAGGGGUAGUGAUUCUGGAUAUGGGGGAAGGGGUGGGUGGGGAGCCACUCCUGGUGGACGAGGUCGUGGAUCUGACUAUGAUUUGCAGAGGAAUGAUGCCCAUGAGAAGUAUGGUAAAGGAAGGAGUCAUAGCAGGAGCCCUGAUAGGAGUAGAAACUUCUGCCGUGAUCGUAGCCGCAGUCGAAGUCCGAACAGGCAUGAAAGGGCUGCGCCACCUUCCCAAGGUUUUAGUUUUCACCAAGCAAUGAUGGAACGUAGAGGGGGCAGUGAUCAUGACAGGAGCUUUGAUCAAGAUAGAAACAGGAGUCGCAGCCCUGUUAGGCAUGAUAGGGCACCAUCUGGCCGUGAACGUUCCCCAGCUUAUAGUUUUCAUCAAAUGAUGAUGAUGGAACGUGGUCAACAAUCUGCCUCAUCGAGGCAGCAGCAGCGCGAUGUUAGUAAAGACGACAGAAGUUCAAGAUACACAUGUAGUAGUCACUGGAACAGUUCAUCAUCCUCCCCUCGUGGUGGUGUGUCGGACAGAAGUCCUCGUCAGGAGUGGGGAAGAUCUCCUAGAAAUAAGGUGGAUGAUGGGAGAUAUGGAGAAGAGGAGGAAGGGAUGAUUCCUGAUGAAGGCAUGAUGCCCCAAGAUGACCAUGCUGCUUAUGGGGUUGCGGAUUAGAAGUGCUGCAAUUCCCCCAUCUUGCUAAGUUUCUACACGUAUGGGGUUAUUUUGGUCUGCCUACCUAUUUUUUGUAGUCAAGGUAGUGGGAGUUCAGGGAAAUGUAUUUUUUGAGUGGAUGGAGAUGAAAGCAUGGAAAUAGCAAAACUCGAACCUAGUAACAAAUGUUUGAUCUUUUAUCUGAUAAAAUCCUAAUUCUUAUAUAUACAUACAUAUAUAUAGCCCAAAAUUUAUUGCUUCCAACCAUUUAGUAUCACUAUGAUGUUGAAGUGUUGGAAAUACUUUGUGGGGCAA